CCUCUUUCUCUCUCUCUAUUUGAGUUUUGCUACGCUAUUCUCUCUCUCUCUCUCUCUCUCUCUCUCUCUCUUCCUCUUCGUUCUAGCAAUUGAUCGGAGGAGGAGAUUUCCUCGGUGCCCGAUUUAGUUCCGGAAUCGUUUCCUUGCCUUUUUCCAUAGUCAAGCAUGACUUUCCUUUGUUAGGCACGGCUGUGCUUAGUUACAGUGUAUUGAGGUCAACACCUGAGAAUUGUGAAUUCUUGACAGUGGCCUUGUUCGAUUCUUGUGUCACUCAAUAUGAUUGCAUUUGAAACCAUAGUGCCAAACAAAGAGCUUAAAGUUAAAUUCUCCUCCAAAAGAAUAGAAGGAACUACUGGGAGGCAAUCAUUUGAGCUGGGGCAGCAUCUCUCACUUGGUGAAUGGAAUGAAACUACUGUAAUUUGCAGUGGAAAGAAGUUGGAUUCUAAGGCAAAGUCUUCUAUGCCAGGGUCCAAUAAGCGUGGACCCUCUGACUUGAUAGAGUGUCCAAGGGAGAAGCGGCAAAGGAUGGAUCGUGGUGUGAGUUUGCAGUGUUCCACCAUUCUGAAAAAGCUGAUGACUCAUCCAGCUAAUUGGCCUUUUAAGAAACCAGUUGAUCCUGUGGAAUUAAAUAUUCCAGAUUAUUUCUCGAUUAUAUCCAAACCCAUGGAUCUGGGAACAAUAAAAUCCAAACUGGAGAAAAAUAUCUAUUUUGGUGCUGGAGAGUUUGCAGCUGAUGUUAGACUGACCUUUUCUAAUGCGAUGCUUUAUAAUCCUCCUGAUAAUGUAGUCCAUAAGAUGGCGGUUGAAUUAGAAAGGUUUUUUGAGUCAAGAUGGAAACCUUUGGAGGAAAAGUGGAAUCGUGAAAGCUCAAAGGUAGGACAAGGAAAAUUUUCAAGUGGAAGAACGAAGGAGACUAAGGAUACAGGACAAAACAUUCAUAAUACACCUCCUUUGCAAAAUAAUUCAUUGUUUAAGAGCUCCAUGUCAUCCACUGAAAAGGUCAGAAGGAGCUGUGAUGGAAGAGAUGUUGAACUCGCCAAGACGGCCCAGAAGUGCACGCAGAAGUUGUCUGGAAAAGAAUUUGUCAAAGGCACUGACAACGGUAGCAGACAUUCUUAUGGUUCUGUCAAUGCCAAGUCUCCAUUGAGCCCGAUUGCACGCAAAUGUGGUAGAUGUGGCAGCACUACAUGCCAAUGCAGCAUUUCGUGUAAUUCAACCCAUGCAUCCUCAAGUGAUUUAUCUGUCCAAAGAUCAUUGGACAGAGAUCAUCGUUUAUGUGGUGCUGAUGCUUCAAGACAGGCACAGCUUGCCAAGACAACCCAGAAGUGCACACAGAAGUUUUCAGGAAAAGAAAUUCACAAAGGCAUUGACAAUGGUAGCAGACAUUCUUGUGGUUCUGUUAAUGCAAAACCUUCAUUGAGCCCAAUCACUCGCAAAUGUGGUAGAUGUGGCAGCAUUACAUGCCAAUGCAAUUCUUGUGAUUCAACCCACACAUCCUCAAAUGAUUUAUCUGUCCAAAGAUCAUUGGACAGAGAUCAUCGUUUAUGUGGUGUUGAUACCUCCAGACAGUCAAAAAGCAUGUCGGUAUCCCAAAUUAGUAAGUCAGAUCCAGAUUCUGAUGGGGCUGUAAGUGCUUUGGAUGAUGAAAAUACAUGCCUUAGUUCUCAGCUCACAGCUCCCGCCAUAGAUGCUGCUUCCCAAGGAGGAUGGAGUGCUCCAGAUUUUGCUGUACAGCUGUCACCAAAGAAGGCUCUCCGUGCAGCACUGUUGAAGAGCCGCUUUGCAGAAACUAUUCUGAAAGCCCAACAUAAGACACUUCUUGACCAUGGUGACAAAGCUGAUCCUUUGAAGAUGCAGCAAGAAAAGCAAAGAUUGGAAAGGAGACAGCGUGAAGAGACGGCUAGGAUUGAAGCCCAAAUUAGAGAAGCUGAAGCUGCCUUACGAAGGAAGGAAGAGGCUGAGUGUAAGCAGCAGCGGGAGAGAGAAAGGGAAGCUGCUCGAGUUGCCUUGCAGAAGAUGGUAAAAACUGUUGAUUUUGAGGAGAAUAUGGUGAUCCAAAAAGAACUUGAGAUGUUAUUUGGCUGUUCAGUAUCAUCUCGUCUGCUCCAUGGAUCUUUCACUCGAACCCAAUUAGAACAGUUAGGGUUAUUUAUCAAAGACGACGAUGAUGAUGAAGAGGAACUUGAUUUUGAUGGGGAGGAAGGGGAAAUUUUUUCGUGACAUCCGACUCCUCUUUCUAUUCAACAAUUGUAUAUAGUUCUUUUUUCCAGCUCUGCUUGUUUAUAUCAUCAUAGUGGAUGGAAAAGGGGCAUUGGUUGUAAAUGACUAUUUUUUUAGGGGGUGAUACCCUGAUAGGGAACUAAUAGAAAGUUAGUGUUUACAAAGUAUAUAAGUUGCAGUUUUAAACAUUUCAUUUUUAUAAUUGGAUCUCUCAUGUUUCUAUUUAA